ACCCACCGGGCCCGGACACGAAGCCUGACACCACCACACCAAACAACACGCUCGCAACACACAUCAAAGUAGAAUAAAGCAGAGAACACAAAACGCCUCACCCUCAGCAUAACAAGAAGGAAUAAAUGUUUGUGCCACCGCAGCUGUACAACUAGCCAUCGGAAAAGUACUGCGGGGUAGAGGGUCAUUAAACAGUGCCAAAAGAGCAGUUCCCAGUUCCGUGUUUGAAGUUUCCUUAGUGCCCAGUGUGCGAGGGGAAGGCGAGAGGAGCAGGUGGGGAUAAAAUGACUGUGGACGCAUCUGGCAGCGCGAACGGGGCGGCAGCUGGUGGAGGAAGGAACAACGGCACCGCGCCUCAGUGUGUUGUACCCCGUCCUGCCGCUACCACCACCACCACCACCACCACCACCUUCAGAAGAGCCGGAAUGCCGUCACCCAAGGAGGAAGGAGAUGACGGGCUGCGGCGUCCCCCACAGCGAGUCACUCACAGCUUCAACGAGGAGUUCUUCACCAUGGCGGCUCUCUGCCUCGCCUCCGCCUUCGCCUUCUUCUGCUGCCCAAUCUUUAUGGAGCGACCACAACAAGAUCGCUAUGAAGGUGCAGCCACUACCCUGCCUCCCACAGACCAACACUGGGGGGUGGGACAGGCUGCCAGCCAGCAGAAGUGAAGGAAAAUCCUAGCAUAACCUCUCCCAGACUCACCAAGAAACACACCCAACACCUCACAUCAUCUAACAAAACCCCUCAGCACCAUCCUCGCCUCUCCCCACCCAGACUAUGUUAGCACUGUGGUGAAAGGAAGCAAUGUGAAUGUAGUGGUGAAGAACUUAGAAACGAGACAAGUGAAUGAUGGGAGUAAAAACAUUAACACCAGGAAUGAAGAAAUGAUGAAGAAGUGAUGCUGAGGAUGGUGCUGAGAGAAGACAGAGUGUUAGUUAUGGCAAGGGGAAGAGGAGCAGGAGGAGGAGGAGGAGGAGGAUGGAGAUGAAACUACUGCCAGUGUAUUCCAGAGCUUUAAUGUUUUCUUUGUCCUGUCAGUGUAAAUGUAAACCUGAUGACUGUGUGUGUGUGUGUGUGUGUGUGUGUGUGUGUGUGUGUGUGUGUGUGUGUGUGUGUGUGUGUGUGUGUGUGUGUGUGUGUGUGUUGGUACACCCUUUUGACUUCCAUUUUACCUUACCAAGUUCUUGUUAUCAGUAAAUGUUGAACCAAUUUGUGGUGUUUUGUACAUAUCCUUAAGGAACGAUGGAGUUUGUUCAGUUGUUACACACUUCAGGCAAUAAACUUGUGACUUCAA